AUGGAGAGUCCGAGUGCCGGUGGGAGGCGUCGCGGCAAUUCGCGAAUCAAUGCCGAAGAUCAGGCGCUUGAUCAGAUUGCAAAGGAGGCAGAGGCGCGAUUAGCAGCAAGGCGCCAGGCACGUGCAGAGGCUCGCGAAAUACGGAUGCGAGAACUGGAGCGGCAACAGAAAGAGCUGGAGCAAACAGCCGACCGGGUGUUUGAUCUGCAGCAGCAGUCGAUCGGUUUAUCCGAACCGGCCAACACGGUUGCCACGCCCCGCACCAGCCGCAUACUGGCCCAGAAUGCAGCGACGCGUGGCAGUGCACUGUCGUCCCGCCGUAACAGUGAGGAUUCCCUAGAGGAGGAAGCCCGUAGCCUGCGCGAUCUUCGGCAUGAGCUGAAAGACGUGGAGGAGCGUUUCCGCAAAGCAAUGAUUGCGAACGCUCAGUUAGACAAUGAACGGUCCUCGCUUAACUAUCACAUUCAGCUUCUGAAGGACAAGCUGGAGGAGGUUGAGGAGUCACACUCGCAGCUGCAGCGUGAAUAUCGGGAGAAAUGUCGGGACCGGGAGGCGCUGAAGCGCAACAACGACAAACUCAGCGAGGAGUUGAAGCUCGUGCAAGGUCAGCUUCAGGAGCGUGAUGCGCUGAUAGAGCAGCACGGACUAGUAAUAGUAACGGUAGAGAAUGAGGAUGGUACGGAUGCGCACCGCGCCCUAGUCACAGCGGAUAACGCACAACUGCUCAAAUCUGUUCCCGGCUCAUUAGACGUAAGACUGAAGAAGUUUGCGGCCGAAAAGCAUGAACUGCAGACGGAACUGCAGGCAGUGCAGCAACAGCUGAACGAUAUCAAGAGCAAGGGCAGACGAUACACCUCUAUGAACGGUUCGCUGGUCGAUGAUGAUUAUGAAGAUGCGCAACGGGAAGCUAACAAGCUUAUCACGGAGUAUAAAUACAAGCUGCAGAAGGCGGAGCAAGAGAUCGCAAACCUGCAGGCUAGUCUGGCACGCUCGGAAACGCAGGUGAUCCGAUACAAGAGCACUGCCGAGGCGGCAGAGAAAGCCGAAAGCGAUCUUAAGAUUGAGCGAAGAAAGCUGCAGCGAGAGAACCGCGAAGCCAUGGAUCGGCUGGAGGAGCUAGAAACAUCGAACAACCAUCUGCUGAAGCGGCUAGACAAGCUUAAGAACGUCAAGAGCACCAUACUGAAGGACAUAUGA